UUAACAAUAGUUGUCGAUCAGUGUUGUCUCCAAAAUGGCGGAGUUGGCUGUGUUGAUUCUUGCGGGGCUUGCUCUGGCUUCAGCUCUCCCAACCCAAGACCCUGUGCUCCGUAAGCUGGACCCCGGGCCGCGCUACCAGCAUGUGAGCGACGGGGAAGGCAUAUUGCACCUCGUCGACUUAUGGCAAAAAUCCAGCGAUAUACAAGAGGCGGCCAGAUACAAUCCCGACUCACAGAACAUAUACCAUCUGUUUACCAGAUUGAACCCAACAGUGAGCCAGCCUAUGCUGAUAGGCAACAGCGGUCUCCUCGGCCUGACGAACUACAACUCUCAAAGACGAACCAUCAUACUUAUUCAUGGUUGGAACAGCGGCACCACUUCCGAUUUUAACACCGUGCUUAUACCAGCUUUCCUGCAAGCCGAGGACCUGAACGUGAUCAUGGUGGACUGGACGGCCGGCUCCAACACCAUCAACUACGCCGCUGCUGUCACCAACACCAAGACUGCAGGCGAAGGCAUCGCUCGCUUCAUCAACUGGCUGAACUCAGAGACCGGGGCCUCCGCGACCCACUACCACAUCGUGGGGCACAGUCUUGGGGCCCACAUGGCGGGCAUCAUCGGCCGGAACCUCAAUGGCGCUCCGGCGUACCUGACAGCCUUGGAGCCCGCUCUCCCCGGCUUCAUCACAAACGACGACAAAUUCCGACCCGACGACGGAGCCUACACUGAGGUCAUCCACACCAACGCUGGGAACCUGGGCUACAUCAGUACUUUGGGUCAAGUGGACUUCUACCCCAACGGGGGCAUUAAUAUGCCUGGGUGUGACAGCAUGGCUUGCGAUCAUGCUAGGUCUUACUUUUACCUCGGCGAGUCUUUAACCUUAGGCGGCUUCACGGGCCGUCGUUGCGCCACCUACGUGGGCGCCAUGAGUGGAAACUGUCUGUUGUUCGGCACCCUGCAGAUGGGAGGACUCGUGCCAAAGACUGGACAAUCUGGAAUCUUCUGGCUGGAGACCAACGCUCAACCGCCGUUCUCCAGAGGCUAAGCUUAUUUGCAUCUACAUCUAAAGAAUCUAAGAAAUAUAGUUCAUUUGCAUUAAGAAUGCAGUAAAAAUCCAUUGUCCGACGGCCUAGCGGUGCUCGUUAACGAUCAAAUCAUUCCAAAUUAGAAAUUAUGCCUUAAACUAGCCACUGUAAACUUGAUUUUCUAAUCAGGGGACCGAUAUUUGAAUUUCGAGCGCUCGAUUUCGUCACUCGAAAAUCUGUGGAAAACGGCGAAAUGUUAUUUUUGAAAUACGAACGAUAGAAAUUGGGAAUCGAGUGGUAUUGACCACUCGUUUUCAAUUCCAUUGGGAGAAUUUAAAUGCCUAGUAGUGGAGAGGAGAUAUUAUUGAACAAAAUACACGAAAACGAGUGGUCGAAAUUCAAAAAUUGGCCCCCAGGAACGAUUUGAUUGGUGGCGGCGGACAGUGAUGAUUUUACUGCGUUCAUAAUUCGAAUGAACUACUGGCUUCUAUAAAAUAAUUUGAUAAAUAAACGGCGCAAAUUUAAAUAUAAACCACGAUGGGAUGAACAAAUAAAUAAAUUAUUAUCUUAUUAUUUUC